GCUGUUUGACGUCUGUGGUCUGCGUUUGCAAAUUUCAGCUUUCUGAAAUCGUUGGUUGUGAGCUUUUGAGUUUCACUUUACUAGUAAAAUUCAUUAUUUAACAUCAUUUAAAACUUUAAAAAAGUUAAUUAGCUCGUUUCAAAGUGUUUCUUAAAAUAGCUUUGAAAUAAUAAUCAUUCUCUAAAACGUUUAACCUUCCAUAAGUGAAAGUAGACAUUACGAAUUUGAAUGAACUCCAACAAAUGGUUGAUUUUUUAUAAUGAAAAUGUCAUGAUUUAUAAUGUCAGCUAUUAUUAAAGAUGCUGGGGACAUUUGGAGUCGGCUGUUUGAUCAUCGCCCGUUCGUGAGUGGUGAAAUUCAAUAUUUUCUCAAAGAAUUUGAGGAGAAACGAUCCGAUCGAGAAGUAGAAAAGCUGUUUAAAACAUUAGAAACAGUUUCCGAAAUAAAAGACAAUCAGAUUGAUAAAGUAUCUUCAGCUGGAAAAGAUCUCCAAGAUUUGAAGAGUCAAUUGGAUGUAGCUAUUGACAGGUGUGAUAGUAUCAUCGAUAAUCAAAGUCAAUACGACACUGCAAAGGCACUCGAGCUGAAACGCGAACUCCGCAAAACAGAAUGGGAGGCGUUUGUGGUGGAUAUGGAUGCCAAGUUGCAGAAAGUUGACGAAACUUUCCAAGAGAAAGAGAACGAGUUGAAGGAGUUCUAUUGUGAUUUAGAAAGAAAGUUGCAUCUAACGUCAGACUAAGUAAUUGACUUUGUUUAGUAACACGCUUAUUUGUUUUAGUAGCGCAGUUUUCAGAAUGUUGGACUCGAUAGAAGAUCCUGAGAUAAAGAUUUCUCUGAACAAGGAGAAGUUGAGUCGAGUGAAGGAGAGUUCGAGAGAGGAGUUGCCUCAGAGGUUUUUUGAGGAGAUAAGAGUUGGCGAUGUCGGUUGGUUGGCUGAGAGGAGGGCCAUUUUGGGAGACAUGCCGUUACAUGAGUUGCUAUCAGGUUGCGACAUUGCGCUGCCGCGCCCCGUUGAAGUGAAGCGCAGCGCUCAGCUGGAGGAACGAAUUCUGAAACUGAAACAGGAACAGCAUGAGCGUGAAUACCGUGACAUGACUAAGAACGUGGACAACGUUCGAGUCAGGCAUCCCGAGGACACUAUUGCAUUCCAAAUGAAGCAGAUUAACCGUCAGCUAAUUGCUGUGCUGCAGUUCGUGGUUUCUGUGGUCGCUGGUUUUGCGUUCGGCUUCCUGGGUGUGGAGCUGGUCGUCGGCAACCUUGACGUCGGCUUCCGUCUGCUGCUCGGCGUCAUCUGCGCGCUCGUCAUCGCCCUUGCCGAGAUCUACUUUCUCGCCAAGAAGCUGGCCGAGGACGACUAUCCGCCGCCGCCGCCGGUGCCAGCCUCGCCGCCGCUCGGCCACGCCGCGUCGCCGCCGCUCAAGCAGCAUCUAGACUAGAGUGCCGCCUAUCGACAGACCAAGAUGUGACUAGCUGACUACCUAAUAAUUGCUUCGGCUACUCAUCAUCUUCAGUAAAAUCGUCAGCUUCCUUCCUGUGUUAUUGUGAAAAUUGGAAGGCAAAAAAUGGACGUCCAAAAAUCGAUAUGUGUGUAACUGGCUUAAUUUUAAACUUUCCAUGAAUAUAAAAAAUUUCUCUUAUAUUUGUUGUUUAUUUUUCAGAUGUGACUAGCUGACUACCUAAUAAUUGCUUCGGCUACUCAUCAUCUUCAGUAAAAUCGUCAGCUUCCUUCCUGUGUUAUUGUGAAAAUUCAUGAACAUUCCAUUGCUGAGUUUGCAGUCAUUUAGUUGUAGUUAGAUUUACGUGGUUAAUUAAUACAAACAAACCUUGAAACCUUUGCUUUCAAAGUAAUAAAAUUUGGCACAUUAAAACAACGAACAAUUCAAGCCUAUUUUUGAGACAUCCAAGUUUCUCAAUCUUGAUGAUGUUGUUAAAUUAGUCUUGCUAUUAUAAUUUGGUGCAAUCCAGUGUGAUUUGUCCGUAUCAAAUUGUACUAUACUGAUAUUCUACGUUGAAAUGUAAAAUGUAAAUAUAAAUCUUAGAAGCACAA